AUGGGAGUCCUGAGGAGGGUGGAGGGAGGCGCGGGCAGGGCGCAGUUAGUCGGGAGGGUGUGUUGGGUGGAUGACCGAGUGGGCGGGUGGGGAGGUAGUCGCGUUUCGCACGCGCUGCAUUCCCGCGCGGCGUUCAGGGUCACCGGAAGCGCGCAGGACGAGACGCUGACCGGCGAGGAGGGUGUGGGCGAGGGAGAGGGCAGGGGGGAGGGCGAGGUUUACGUGGCGCGUUGCCUGGGCGCUUGCGGAGCUCCCGUCGCCAACGCGCAGACGCCUCCGCCCCACUCGCACCCCGCGCUGCCUGGCCGACGCACGAAGCCACACCACGUGCGCCCCCGAAGCAGGCUGCUCCUGCGCUUUGGUCGUCAAGAGCUCGCCAACGCUUCGCGAUUGCCAUGGGAAGAUAUUCGAGCCCGCGAUUUCUGGGGAAAAGAUUCAGUUAAAAAAUUCGACUUCAUCAGCUCGAUGCGGGUCAAAUUGAAAUCGCCCACGUGCUGUUGCUGCCAUUCAGCUAGUCGGGCGGCCUGGGCAGUGGUACUGGUACGUCACCUCAGCGCUAAAACCAUGUCUCACAUCCAAGCUACAAACAGGAAAAAGAGGAGCUGCAUAGCUCCUCUUUUAGACGAGGCAGAACGCCGAUGCAAUGCAUGGCCUUCACAGUUGGCUUUGGCGACGGCCAGUGCAUCGGUAGGUUCAUUGGAGAUGGUGCCGGCGAUCUCCCUGCAAGGACUACGAUAUCUCGCCACAACACCAUACACCAUAUCGUUUCUUAGGCCUUUGCACCUUAUUGUGGCAAGUGCUAUCCACAAUAUCCAGACACCCACGUUGGGCACAUAUCGCAUCCCCUUAUUGUUCUCGACGCACCCUGAUACUGAUUUACUCAUCGUGUGUGUCGCGGAGCCCACACCGGACACCAAAUAUCGUCACGUGCGGGCUAUCGAUACGCGACACAAGGGAGAAGAGGAGGAUGUAUGUGGCAUGACCACAAAUGAUACGCAUCUAAUGGUAUAUUACAUGACGUGGCAAGGUCUCAUCUUUGAGAAGCAAAGACGUACGGCGACAGAGGGAACAGAGAGCGUCCGAGAGGGCGAGCUCGGACGAACUGUCCAGAGCGUCAACGUCACACAGAAUGGUUAG